CAUGUUAUAACCUUAUGAGUGUUUGUUUAGAAAAUUAUUGGAAGAGUUGUUUCUUUGUUUCUUAAGAAAAAAAUGAUUUUUUGGUUUGCUCUUAUAGUGCAUUCAGUGCUUUUUUAUUCCGUCGUGGACAUCUACUUCAGGGGUAUGUACGACUCCGUGAUGGAGCCCCAUACGUGCAAAUAUAACGUAAGUAGCCUGUCAAAAAGGGUCGUUUUGAUUUUCGGAGAUCACAUGGGUGCGGACACCUUCUACAAGGAGAGUGUUAAUUUGAGCAACUCCUUCGCCAGGUGGAUUAUGAAGAACGGAGUUUGGGGAGUUUCCCACAUUUCUCAUCCGAACAAUUCCAAAGCCAAAUUUCAGUCCCUCGUGACAGGCACUAAUUACGACGGAGCGGGUUUCUGGGCCAACCUAAACCUUCCACCGAGGUUCAAGGAAAGCGUCUUGGAUCAUGUGAACAAAGUAGUCUAUAUCGGAGACAGGGAGAAGGACUUCAAACGUCCCUCCAGUAAAAACUGGACAACGGUCAGACUGAAUGAGACUAGUUUUGAUCUAUUGAAGAAUCCGAAUUAUAACUUAUCAGAGGAUAAAGUGUUAUUUCUUGUUGACACCGCAUCCUACUGUGAGUAUGUUAACCCACAUUAUUUGGUGCACUAUACCGAUUGGGCUAUAUCGCACACCUACUGGUCAUUGAAAGAUGCUUUUAACGACAGUGCGACUACUUACAUAAUUACUUCUCUUGGAGUGGACAACACGAGUCUUACGGAGACUCCAUUUUUAGCGUUUGGUGCGGGUAUCCGCAAACAAACUUCAGAUGCUUCCGUCAAGAAUUCAAGCGAGGCAUGGAAUACAAACGGCCUUCCGAGGAUAGACGUGAAUCAGACGGAUCUGGCAGUCCUUAUAUCUACCCUCUUGGGUGUACCGAUACCGUCAAGAUCGAACGGCAUUUUGCAUCAAACCCUCUUGGAUACGAAAGGGAGGAACGCGGUGUUAUGCAACCAAGAACAACUUGGCGCACUUCUUGAAAGCGAAAGCCGUGCUAUCAAGAGAGGGUUGAUAACCCUCUUCCCUCUCGAGCCUGUAAAACCGAACUUGACCAGACUUUUUGAAGAACAAAAAUCAGUGGCAGAAGGCAAUUUAACACAUGCAACAGACGUCUUCUUAAAAAUCACUUCAUUUUAUUUAAACUCGUUAAGUUUUUACAGAAAUUACUUCUGUUGGACAUUGAAAACCGUCCUAGUGUCGACGUUCAUAGUUUGGUCUUUAUUGCUCUUGUGCAACAUCUUAUCCGCAGUGAACCCUUUGGUGACGAAAAGGGUGGAGCAGGAGAGCGCCGCUUUGGGUAAGAAUCUAUCCAUAUCGACCGUCUGGAGCAAAAUGACUUUGAACCGCAAGUUUUGCAACAGAAAUUACACAAUGCUAGGUAUUUUCUGGGAUGUUUCUGCAAUACUAAAAGCGUGUCUAAUAACUAUUUUCGUUUAUUUUCAAAAUUGGCCCUUACACUUCCUUGUCUAUCUUCUUAUGUUCGAUGCCAUUUGGUGGAAAGUCUGCAAGAGUCUCUCCAUUGUUUUAGUCAUUUUCAAAGAAAGAGCCAAUUACGUCGAAGUCGGUAAAUGGAUUGGCAUUUCGGUAUUGGGCGCGUUAGUGAUGGUUCUGAACAUCCAAUAUUUACGGUCAGUCGGGUUUAUGAUUAUGAUCAUGACCAUCACGCCGUAUAGAGACCGCAACAGUUGUAACACACCGAGCUAUAUCCAAACGCCUUGGUUUUUAUCUUCGUUGGUCAUGAUAUUGGUAAUCGCCCUUAACGAUUUCAUCAUGUGGAACAUUCCAAAACUGUCAGUAAUUAGCUGGAUAACAUUUAUCGCUGUGUACCUUUACUUCAAACAGCCGACAAUAAGGGACUCGUUGUGGACCUUUUCCAUGCUUUUUGCACUAGCAAUAGUGUCUGUCAAUCCAUUAAUAGAAUACAAACACACUAAUUACACAAAUCAGGUUAUAUCUUGGAUUCUCGUGUCGACUGUACCAUUCUUCCCUAUAAUGGCAUCACAGGAAGGUAUUUACCGAAUAUUCCAUAUAUGCUUCGCACUUGCUUGCCCGGCACUUAUAAUGACUUAUUACCAAGAAUCUAUGGGUCUUUUGGGAUUUUCGGUACAUCUAUUGUGCUGGUACGCCAUCGAACUGCUGAACGAGGGGGUGCCACCGACGGCCGCUAUAGAACCCCAACAAACUUCUUCUUACAUGACUUCAAAAGAUAUCCGAUUCGGAUUUUUGCUCGUAGUUUAUGCGUGGAUCGGCAUAUUUUUAUCCGGAAUGAUGCAUCCACAUAACUUCUUUAAUCUAAAGUUUCUGAAGAGUUUCGACAACGAUAUCUCCCUCUCGGAAUCCAUAGGUCUGAACCUAUACAAAAUAUCGAUACCUUGCAUCAUCCUGCAUUCGGUGUUUCAGACCAUUUCUAAAGUCUUCGGUUUGAGAAUAUUUUCACAGAUCGAAGUCUAUCUGUUUCUGAAUACUUUAGCGGGGCUAUUCUUUUUCUUGCAAGUCGGAAACGAUCACGAAACUCCAGAAGCAGAUCAAAACCUGUUCAUGCACAUAGCAGCUCAAAUCCUCUCCAUUCUGAUGGUGGUGGUCUACCCGAUAGCGUCAUUGUUGACAACCCUUAAUUUCAGCGUGAAGAAAAUCAAGUCAUAUGCGAGAACAAUCGUAAUGAAAGUUGGACUGAAAUAGAAGGAAAAAGUGUCCGUAAACAAAUACAAAGUGUUUAUAAAUCUAUCGAUUUU